UGAAAAAGCACUAACUAUCGCCCUGGCAAAGAUGUGCUAGGAAUCCCCGGAUAGCUCCCAGUUCGUAUACAAGGGUUCAAGGUCGGCUGUGAAAACUGAACCGAUCCACUGUCAAACUCUCGCCGAUAUCCGCCAUCCUGUCGCUGGAAAGGCGAACUCAUCCGCCGACGACAAAGAUGUUAUCCCACCUCCGGCACACGUCGACUGAAUGGGUCCUUCUCGCCCUUUUCACGCUAGCCGGUCUCAUCCCGCACGUCUCCAGCGACGUUUCCAGCGACCCAAGCCCGCACGUCCCCAGCGACCCCAUCCCGGACCCGCUCAAAAUCCCGCUCAAAAUCGGCCUAGUAUGGGACUACACGCAAUCUGAAGGGCCCCCUUAUGCGGCCGUCUACUCCCUCCAAGCCGCCGUGCGCUACGUCAAUUCCCGCGACGACAUCCUCAACGGCACCUUUGUCUCCAUCGUCAAGCAGGACACGACCGUCAACGACGAACCCAACCCUGCGCAGGCCAUCAAAGCCGCCUACAACGUCUCCACCAGCGGGGUGAUAGCCGUCAUCGGGCCCGAAACGACGGACGAGGCGGUGUACGCCGCGCUGGUGACGUCCGGGUUCAAGAUCCCGACCUGCUUCACGUUGGUGGGCGGGACGCAGUUCUCUGACCGGGCCACCUACGCCAACACCUUCCGCAUGACGCGAACGGUGCGGGACGUCGGCAUCUACCUGGUCCAGUACGUGAUGGCCAUGGGCUGGAACCGCGUCGCCUACCUGCAUUCCGCGCAACUGUACGGGACCGCCUACAUCCAACCCAUCGUCAACGCCGCCGCGAACCAGAACGUCACGUUGCUGGCCCAAUCCAGCUUCAACACCGGCGUCGCUGCCGACGACGACGCGGCGCUCGCUCUCGUCAGGCAGAGCGACGCCCGCAUCAUCAUCGUCACAGGCACCGACAUCGAGACCACGCUCCUGUGGACGAAAGCCCACCGCGCGGGCCUGGUCACCCCCGACCAUGUGUGGGUCACCAGCAACGGGAUCAUCGACGCGGCGAGUGCCGACAGCCCCUACUUCAACAUCUCGAUCAGGAACGUGCUCGGCAAGGAGGAGGCGGCCAACAACGCCGUCGUGUCGGUCGUCAUCACGGAUAUGGACCAGACCACCGAUGCCUAUAAGACGUAUCUGGACAACUUCUGGCAGGUCUACACGAACACGACCGACACUGCGUUGGAUGAGUGGUAUUAUUAUUCCCAGGACAUGAUAUGGGAUUGCGCAAUGUCAGUCUUCUACGGGUACGACGCCUAUCUGAAGAACAACAACCUAAGCGCGACGCUGCUGUCCGAUCCGGAUUUCACGAAGGAGGAGAUGAAGGGGUUCUCGGACAUCUCGAACUUCAAUACCAGCAUACAGGGGCUGACGGGCCCGUAUAAUUUUGAUAGCAAUGGGGAUAUUAUGUAUGAGCAUGUCCAAAUCCAACUCCAAAGCUCGGAGCUAAACUACCCCGUCGUCGCCGACUUCCUCCCCACGGGCCUCGUCCUCUACCCCGAAAACUUCCUCUUCUAUGGCGGGUCCAAGACGGUCCCCCUCGACUUUCCCCCGCUUGUGCGGCUCAACCCGGUCUGGAAAACCGGCGAAGGGGCCGGGUUCGCCUUCCUCUCCGCGCUGCUGCUGUCCACCAACAUCGCCUCGCUGAUCGCGGUGGUGCAUCUCCGCCAUAAAGUGGCGAUCAAGCGGGCGAGUUGGAAGAGUUUGGCAAUGAUCUUGGUGGGCUUGACGGUGGCGGAUGUGGCGCCGCUGCUGUAUAUUGGCGAGCUGAGCACGGGCGUGUGUGUGUUGCAGCCGUUUGUGUUGAAUGUGGCGUUUGGCCUGGUUUUCUCGAAUUUGAUGGCAAAGACGUUUCGCGUCUAUAAGAUCUUCAAUAAUCCGAGGAUGAUGGAGAAACCUAUGAAGGAUAUUCAUUUGCUCUCCUACAGCGCCGGGCUAGUCGGCGUCGAACUCCUCAUCUCGCUCAUCUGGGUUCUCGCCAGCAAGCCCGUGCCCACCGACAUCAUGGUCAGCGCGACCGAAUCGGUCCUGACCUGCGUGUCCCCCAACGCAAAAGUGCAGCGCGUGAUGACCGCCAUCAGCAUCGCGUUCAACGGCCUCCUGCUUGCGCUCACGACGCUGCUGAGUUAUAAGACUCGAGGCGUGGUGUCGGCGUUCAAUGAGACAAAGUGGAUUGGGCUGAGUGUUUAUAAUCUUGUGGCGGUUUGCUCGUUGUUUUUGCCGUUGGUGUAUACGACGACCUUUGCAACCAUGGCCUUCACCCUCCGCAGCAUCGGGAUCCUCCUCGGCACCGGCGUAACGCAACUCUGCAUCUUCGGCCCCAAAUUCCUGCAACUCUACCAAGACUCGCAGACGCACGCCCACGCGCGCAAAGACACGUCCGCGCAGAUCUCCUCGAUGGCCUCCUCGCGCGCCAACCAAUCCAAAAUGUCCCUCGCGCAGCUCCCCAAAGGCCACCGGCCGAAAGAGGGCGCGAGUUCCAGCGGGCGGAAGGUGGGCGGGUUCCAGAUCCCGCGGGUGCCGACGCUGAUCAUCGCUUCCGGCGGGUCGCUGUUCUCGUUCCGGAACUUCAUCACGGGCAAGUGGGCCGUCACCAACGUGUCGGCGUGUCCCGGGUAUCUGUUGCUGGAGGACGUGGAUGUGGAGGCGGAGGCGGCGGGGAACGCCAAACCGGGCGUCGUGCGUGUGUUCCGCACCGACCGCGCGACGUUGAGGGAUGAGGCGGGGACGGUGGAGUCCCGCGCGGCGUCGCAGGCGCACAUGGAGAAGCGAGCGGAACCUGCGGCGCAGGCGAGCAAUAGUGGACCAUCGACGUUGACGAUCGGGACGGUGGACGGCACGGUGCAGUUGGUGUUGCAUGCGAAGGAUGCGAAAGAAUUGGCGGAGUUUCUGCAUCAGAGUCAUGGGAAGAAGAAUCAGGGGGCGACGAUGUCCGAGCUCAGGAGUGGGAAUGCGAAUCCGGUUAGGACUAGUCAGGUGGAUGAUGUGUAAUGGAGCUUUGGGGAAGUGGACAUGAUGGCAGGUGGACGGUUUUUUGUGGUUCGUUUUUUGUUGCAGAGCGUGGAAAGAGUAUCUGAAAUGUGAAAGUUUCUGGGCGAGGGAGAGACCCGAAAACCAAGUCAUUCAUGGCUUCCGAGUUUUUCACAUCAAACACGGGGAGGGGAGUAUUGGGCGCCGCUGAACGUACUUGUCGACGUGGGGCUGGGGAUAAAGGGUGAACUCGUAGCGGGAGAGAGAGUAAAAAGAGAUGCCUUCCAAAGUCUACCUGACGGGCAGAGAUCGUUUGGCAGUGUCGCUGUCGAAUUCGGUUGUAACUCUGAAGCCGUUGUCAAAGAUCAUGUGAUCUGUGGCUGCAAACACGUGCCUUUCUAGACAGUUUAUCUCUAUUCUUGAUGCUCUUUCUGUUCUUUAUGAGUCCACAAUAUCACUCUGGUG